AUGAGGCCUGCAGAACAAAAGAAAAGUUUUGUGUCUUUCUUGAUGGAUUCCAAGGAAUUGGCUAAAGAAUUACAGCUAGAAGAUCUGACAUUACCAUGGAUAAGAAGGGAUGAGACAAUAGAUGACCCAACAAAACGAAAUACGAUUGAAUUCUACUAUUAUCGUUUAGAUAUAGUAAUCACAUCUUUGGAUGACAGAUUCAGUCAACUGAAAGCUCAUUGUGAUUAUUUUGAUUUUCUCUAUGACAUUGACGAGCUGAAGAAUACACCUCCUGUCAGCCUGGACACAAAGUGUAGAAACCUCUCAUCGAUUUUGCAAGAUCAUGAGUCAAGCGACAUUGAUGCACUGGAGUUUAGAGAUGAACUAAAAGUGCUUUCAACAUUGUUGAAACCUGGAAUAGGUCCAAAAGAGAUUCUGAAGUUUAUGGGAAGACAUAAUUUUUGGCCGAAUGUUAACAUUGCUCUGAGAAUUCCCCUAACACUCUCAGUGACAGUUGCGAUUGAAUACAUUAUAUGUUCACAACCAUUGAAAAAUGUUUAUUUACGUUAA